AUGGUACAUAGACCAGAUACUCUCACUGCUCUUCUCAGCUUGCUAACAGAGCUACAGUCAAGCACUGGUAAAGUCACUGACUGGGUCAAGCCCGGCGACACAUCUGGCGAGUUCAAGCGUCAAGUCAGCUCAUUCCGAGACUGGAUUUCUCGCGAUCCCAAUGCCAAGUACCCUGCUGAGGCUGGCCGAUAUCACCUCUAUGUGAGCUACGCAUGCCCGUGGGCGUGCCGUACACUCAUCGCCCGCAAACUUAAGGGCCUUGAGGACAUCAUCUCCUACUCAGUUGUGCAUUGGCAUCUUGGUGAGGGAGGCUGGCGAUUUGUUUCCAAAGAUGAGGAUGUUCCCGGCGACAAUGUGAUCCCUGAUCCUAUCAAGGGUCAUGAGGGAUUCACUCACUUGAAGGAUGUGUACUUUGAGAGUGAGAAGAACUAUGAUGGUCGAUACACCGUGCCAGUUCUGUUUGACAAGAAGACAAACCGAAUUGUGAGCAACGAAAGCAGUGAAAUUCUGCGAAUGCUUGGUACUGAGGCAAGUUAUUUAUAUGACGACAUGCUGGAUGAGAAGUAUAAGGCCAUCCAGCUGUACCCUGAAGAUCUCCAGAAGCAAAUCGAGGAGGUCCAUGAGUGGCAAUACGGCGGCAUUAAUAACGGUGUUUACAAGUCCGGCUUCGCAACCACCAGUGAAGCCUACGAGCGUAACGUCGUAGCCCUCUUUGAAGCCCUGGACCGCGCUGAGAAGCACCUGUCUGAGCAACAAGGCCCCUACUGGUUCGGCGACAAGAUUAGCGAAGUCGACAUUCGACUGUUCGUCACAAUUAUCCGCUUCGAUCCCGUCUACGUGCAGCACUUCAAGUGCAACAUCCGCGACAUUCGCUCAGGAUACCCAGCUCUGCACAAGUGGAUGCGGAACCUAUACUGGAAUGAUCCCGCGUUCAAGGAUACUACGCAGUUUGAGCAUAUCAAGUGGCACUACACCAGGAGCCACACUCAGAUCAACCCUUUCUCUAUCACGCCUGUUGGACCUCUGCCGCAUAUUCUGCCGCUUGAGGAGGAGGUAACUGCCGCGCAGAAGAAAUAG